AUGGCGUUACAAUUAGACGGCAACAUCAAGAAUUAUAAUUUCGUUCGGUCAGCCGAGACAAAAGGUGAAGUUGAAAUCCAAGAUUCCGUGUCUCACGAUGUUUUAUUCAAGAAGAUUAGGCAAAUGUCUACCGAAGCUUAUCAUUCUCAAAUAAUCGAUCCAAUACCCGAAGUUAUCCUUGUCGAAGUAGAAGGAAGAAGUUCGAAAGAUAAGUUAAAGAAAGUCAAGCUGUAUCAGCCCGACGAUGUCCUUGAAUUAAAAGACACCGGAAUAUUGGGAUUCGAACAUAAAUUUACAUGGGAGGGAGAAGUUUAUGUCUGGAGGAGACGAAAUCUAGGGUUUUCCAGAGAGAUAGAAUGUAAAAUGGUACACGGCGACGAUCCAGGUAUAGGAGUCGCCAUCUUUAAACCCGAGAAAAAGACUAUCGGACACAUGACCAUAAUGUACUAUAACCUAGAGCGAAUUGGGGUGGAGGAUAAACGUGGAUUGGAAUAUGUUUUAUUGAUAACCAUGUUCUCAUUCUUGGACAAGUCGGAGGAUGAAAAUUCUGGUAAAAAAAAAAAUGAAGUGGUUGAUGAUUCCAAUGUGGUGAUAAAAGACGAAUCAAAAGAGAACAAGAAGAAAAAGUGGAAAAGAGAGAAAAAAAGAAAAUCAUCGGAAAGUAAAGAAGCGACAGAGAAAAGGUUGGCCGAAGAGAAGAAACGAGAAAUGGAAAAGAAGGAAGAGGAAGAAAGAUUACGCGCGCAGGAGGUCAAACAACAGGAAACACUAAGAAUAUUGAAACAAGAAAAGGAAGAUCAAGAAUAUGCGAGAAAAUUGUUGGUAGAAGAAGACAGAAUAUCGUCAACCUAUAAUCCGAGAGACAUUUCUCACAAUUCACCAUCCUCCUCGGCAAAUCCAAAAUUUCGAAAUGGCGGUUUCCAUAAUUCAACAUAUGUGGAACACCAAAUGCCAUCCUCUUCACCGGCAAAUCAACAACCUCGAAACGGUGAUUUUCAUAAUUCAACAUAUAUGGAACGCCAGAUGCCAUCCUCCUCAUUAACGGAUAGUCGAAAUGCCGAUUCAACGGGAACGGUAUAUCCUUCAGAAACCGGUUAUAGCAAUACAUACUAUGAUAACCCUGUCACAAGCACCAAACUCAACUCUGAAGACUCCAAACCUGUGACACCGAUUCCAAAGCGGAAAAAGAAACCCAGAGAGUAUAAGAACGAAUACGGAUGGUAA